AUGCAUCCGGGUCACUGCUCUUUCUCUUGCAAGUUACUGACCCCAAGUGCGCUGUUGGUGCGCCAGAAUGACUACAGGACCACACAGAUAGAUCCUCAAGGAUCUUGGGCUGUAACAGUGCGCCAAACGAACCGAUACAUCGCAGCAGUCGCUGCGAAACUUGCGACUAAAUUUGUCACCGGCACGGUUUUCAACAGUUGCAGGGCACUCAUCUAUCCGUUUUUGAUCCGAGGAAGUAAGGGAACACCGGCACAUUUGUUUCUGCUGGCCUUUUUCUUCUGCACAGCUAAUGGCUACAUACAAGGCGCAUGGCAUUCGAAUUAUGCUACUUUUGAAAUCUCAUCGGGCAACUUGAUGUGCUACAUUACUGGCACAGUCCUGUAUGUUUCCGGUAUGAUUAUUAAUAUCAGUUCCGAUCUGAUUCUGCGAAAUCUCCGGCAAGAUGGCACAUCCGGCUACAAAAUACCGCGCGGCGGUUUUUUCGAGUAUGUUUCGGGCGCUAAUUUUUUCGGAGAGUUUGUCGAAUGGCUCGGCUACGCAAUAUUCGCUCGAACAUUACCUGCAUUCGCUUUUCUUACUUUUACAGCAUGCAACAUUGGACCGCGUGCCUACCACCACCAUAAAUGGUAUCAGAAGAAGUUUGAGGAUUAUCCGAAGAGGCGAAAAGCUUUUAUACCCUUCGUAUUAUAG